CGAGAUUACAUGAUAAUUGCGCAUUGUACAUUGGAGGAGUUAAAUCUAGCAGCGUUCUCAACUGGACGGUUGUAGUAUGCCUGUCUGGCCGCUUCGAUGCCGCUAUAACUGAGGACAGGUCUUGAGGAUGGGAUGGACGUCGGCGAGGCGUCGUUGGGUCUCUGCUCUCUGUCUUCACCUUCUGGUCGUUCAUGCAUCUUCGUUGAAGUACCACCUUACAUCUACACCAGCUAUAGAAGGGCAGCCAUUUACUCUGUCGUGUAGACAAGAUCAUACCAUAGGAACUGCAUUGUGGUACAGGAACUGGGUCCGGAUUUUUCAAACAAAUAGGAAUUACCAGUUUGAGAUGCUUGAAAAGAACACUGAUCACGAGGAGUUCCGGUCUGUGUCAGGACGUAUCUCUGUGCAUGCAACUCUGAUCCGACACAACGUGAUCCUCACCAUCAACUCUACACUGGAUGAGGGAUCUGUGUGGAGGUGUGGUCUAGGGGAGGAUUCUAGUGAUAACCUGACAGUAAGGGUGGUCAAGCCAGUCACUGGUGAAUCCACCACCAGAACUCCGACUGCCCUUCCAACUGCGACAACACCAGUACAGUGCGCUCGCGAUGACACCUUUUGUAAACCAGUCCUCGUCCCAGUAGCUGCUGGUGUUGGAGCGACACUCGUCAUCGCCGUUGCUGUCAAUGUUCUGAUCUGGUACCGAGUGAUCGCAACAAGGAAGCAAAAAACCAAAGAUAAAAAAGCCAGCACAGUAGAAAACAACGAGUACAACUUGACGACCUAUGGCGAUCAUCAUGACAGCGGUGACUACUCCGACCUCGCCAGCAUCAGGCCAGUGUCUCUCAUAGAGCCGAUAUACAGAGACGCCAUGGAGAUGCACAGUGACAUCUACAUCAACGCUGUCGACGACGAAGCUACCUAUGAGAGUCCUGUGUGGGUCCGGGACCAUCCCGAUAUAUCCUAAUGUUGCAGUCAGGCGUGGUCGCCAAUCAUUAAAGUGUCAUCGAUGCUUAUGAAAUUGGUUACAGCUUGCUGUCCUUAUUAAGUAACUUCGAUUUGUAUAAAAUAAGUUAGCUGAGUGUGCAGGUCGCGCCACGUUGAUCAUGGGAAUCGGUCUGAUAAUAAUUGUUUUGUCAGCACCAUACCCGAGCUGUUGGGGGCUUCACACAAGAGGUGAAAGUCAUCAACCCCCACAUCAAACUGAGACCGUGGUAUACAUGUUGUGGAAAUUCUGUCCGAGGCAACGUUAAAUUCUGUUCACUAACUGUAUCAAAAAAGCAAGAUGUCACAGACGUUACUGGAAUAAGUCAAGUAGUGUUAAAUAUAUUAGUUUUGUUUUCCGUACUGACGUUAUGCAACAACAUUACGUGUAUUUGUUGGAGAUGGUGUGGGUGAUCAUUUUGGGUUACCUGAUAAUAGGUAAUAGUCUAAUUGGUUUGACAUACGCUUUAAUACAGUAACUGAAAAAUAGAUAAUUGAAAAUGGUUAUAUGAAAUAAAGAGGAUAGAUUGCUCGUUCGAUUUUUUGCUUCCUUAU